AUGUCCCGUAUCAACAUCGUCAGCGCCAAUUUCAUCGAGAACCCCGCCGCAUUCGGCAAAGAAUUCAAGCUGGAGAUCACGUUCGAGGCCUUCCAGCAUCUCGAAAAAGACCUAGUGUGGCAGCUGGUUUACGUCGGUAGCCCCUCGAAGAACGUGCACGACCAGAUCCUCGAUUCAAUUUUCAUCGGGCCCACGCCGGCAGGCCGUCACCAGUUCGUGCUCGAUGCCCCCGCCCCUAUUCUGUCCAAGAUUCCGCAAGAAGACUUGGUUGGCGUCGCCGGGCUGCUGCUAAAGAUCAAAUACAACGAGCAGGAAUUUAUCAACCUCGGUUGGUUCGUCCGUGUGUUCUACAGCGACCCGGAAAUGGAGGCCGCACCGCCAGCUGUACCACAGCCUGACCUGCUGACCCGCGAAGUUAUGGUGGACGAUGUGCGUGUUACGAAUAUUCCGAUCAAGUGGGGCGACGUCGAGGAAGUGAUUCCCCAGUCUGACGAACCGAUUGCCGACGACGAUAUCGCCAUCGAUUUGACAGUGCCGGAUACGGACGACGUUCAAGGAAGCGUCCAGGCUGGAGAAGGACAGGCAGAAUCCGGAUCUGAUGAGGAGGACAGCGAGGAAGACGAGGAAUCUGGCUCCGACAUCGAAAUCGGUUCUGACGAUUCUGAUGGCGAGGAAGUUGAGGAGGACGAGCAGGGAGAUGAACCUGGAGCUGGAGCUGGAGAUUGCGGCGAUGAGGCGAUGGAAGUCGAGAACGCUGGUGAUGCGGCCCCCACCACGGAGAAGCCGACCGAAGCGCCGGUCCAAGACGCCCUGAACGACGUGACCAAUGCC